GCUCAGGCCGCCCGCUCCCGCCGCGACUCCGGCCCACCUGGUGGCCCCGGCCCUGGCCGCCGCCCCCGCGGCAGUUCCCUGAGCUCGUCCCGGACGCGCGCCCGGGCAGCGGGGGCUCGGCGGCCACCGCUGCCUCGGGGGAGCGAGGGCGGGAGGGUGUGUGUGCGCGCUGUGAGCAGGGGGUGCCGGCGGGGCUGCAGCGGAGGCACUUUGGAAGAAUGACUCUGGAGUCCAUCAUGGCGUGCUGCCUGAGCGAGGAGGCCAAGGAAGCCCGGCGGAUCAACGACGAGAUCGAGCGGCAGCUCCGCAGGGACAAGCGGGACGCCCGCCGGGAGCUCAAGCUGCUGCUCCUCGGGACAGGAGAGAGUGGAAAGAGUACGUUUAUCAAGCAGAUGAGAAUCAUCCACGGGUCGGGAUACUCUGAUGAAGACAAAAGGGGCUUCACCAAGCUGGUAUAUCAGAACAUCUUCACGGCCAUGCAGGCCAUGAUCAGAGCCAUGGACACACUCAAGAUCCCCUACAAGUAUGAGCACAAUAAGGCUCAUGCACAAUUAGUUCGAGAAGUUGACGUGGAGAAGGUGUCUGCUUUUGAGAAUCCAUAUGUAGAUGCAAUAAAGAGUUUAUGGAAUGAUCCUGGAAUCCAGGAAUGCUACGAUAGACGACGAGAGUAUCAGUUAUCUGACUCCACCAAAUACUAUCUUAAUGACUUGGACCGCGUAGCUGACCCUGCCUACCUGCCUACGCAACAAGAUGUGCUUAGAGUUCGAGUCCCCACCACAGGGAUCAUCGAAUAUCCCUUUGACUUACAGAGUGUCAUUUUCAGAAUGGUCGAUGUAGGGGGCCAGAGGUCAGAGAGAAGAAAAUGGAUACACUGCUUUGAAAAUGUCACCUCUAUCAUGUUUCUAGUAGCGCUUAGUGAAUAUGACCAAGUUCUCGUGGAGUCAGACAAUGAGAACCGAAUGGAGGAAAGCAAAGCACUCUUUAGAACAAUUAUCACCUAUCCCUGGUUCCAGAACUCCUCGGUUAUUCUGUUCUUAAACAAGAAAGAUCUUCUAGAGGAGAAAAUCAUGUAUUCCCAUCUAGUCGACUACUUCCCAGAAUAUGAUGGACCCCAGAGAGAUGCCCAGGCAGCUCGAGAAUUCAUCCUGAAGAUGUUCGUGGACCUGAACCCAGACAGUGACAAAAUUAUCUACUCCCACUUCACAUGCGCCACAGACACCGAGAAUAUCCGCUUUGUCUUUGCUGCCGUCAAGGACACCAUCCUCCAGUUGAAUCUGAAGGAGUACAAUCUGGUCUAAUUGUGCCUCCUAGAUACCUGCCCUUCCCUUCCCUGGUGGGCUAUUGAAGAGAUACAAGAGGGACUGUAUUUCUGUGGAAAACAAUUUGCAUAAUACUAAUUUAUUGCCGUCCUGGACUCUGUGUGAGCGUGUCCACAGAGUUUGUAGUAAAUAUUAUGAUUUUAUUUAAACUAUUCAGAGGAAAAACAGAGGAUGCUAAAGUACAGUCCCAGCACAUUUCCUCUCUAUCUUUUUUUUUUAGGCAAAACCUUGUGACUCAAUGUAUUUUAAAUUCUCAGUCAUGCACUCACAAAGAUAAGAAUUGUUUCUCUCUCUCUUUCUCUCCCCUUCUGACCCCUUCUUUCUGUCUCUCCUUUUCUAUAAAGCAAAACAAAACUGAUUUCCCUUUUUCCUAAUCCACACCUCCCUCCUAAUUUUUCCCAGGUUGUAACGGCCUUUAUCUUAGUUCCAUUCUUGGUCAAGUUUUUCUCAAAUGAUACAGUCAGGACAAAGUCAUUCGAUUUAAGCCAUCAGACAUCAGCUUAAUUUAACAGUUUGUAGUUGUUGCUGAAGGACUGUAUGUAUUAAUACUAUGGUUUUAAAUGUAUUGCUCUGGAUACACAUAUAGUUUCUUUUUUAAUAGAUACAUUGUCUUGUCUCACUUUGGACUGGGACAGUGGUGCCCACCAUAUGGUUAAGUGUCAUUUCCUUUGGAUGUUACCUUCAGCCAUAGUUUGAUCCUAACGCACAGAAGUCAGCAAGGCAAGGGCAGUGACACACAGGAGUUCUUUCUUAUGAAAUGCCACGUGCCAUUGUCUUUCCUCCCUUCUUUGCUUCUUUUUCUCUUUUCACUCUCUCUUUAAAUUGCAGAUGCCAAAAAAUACGCCAACAGACACUACAUUAUCCCAAUGGCUGCUACCCAGAACCUUUUGUAGAUUGUUCUUAAAUUUUGUUUUGUUUUGUUUUGGGUUCAAAUGUUUUCUUCUUCUUCUUCUUCUUCUUUUUUUUUUCUUAGUGUUUGGGCCACAAUUUUUAAAAACAACUUUUAUUAUGGGUAUGUGUUGCCAAAGCUGGCUUUUUGUAAAAUGAAAUUAAUAAGAAGAACUUAAAAAAUAAAAGCUGGUAUUUUAAAAUGUAAGAGAAUAAGACUGUGAAGCCUAACAUGACUGGCUGAGAAUGAACCAGAAUGACCAAUUGCCAAAUAGCCGGUAACUGUAAAUUUGAAUCUUAAGGUCGGUUCUUUUUCCUUUGUCCUUAAGAUCACACUGUUUAGUGUUCAUGACCCUUGGUGAGUGUCCAAACUGGCAGUGUAGACAAGUAUCCUGUGUGGUUUGACAUGAAGUCUACAUACGUCUCUUUAUUUGAAGCCAGUUUUACUCUCUUUUAUGUUAAGUCCGAGUAAGUCUGCCAGGAACGUUGGUUGGCAGUAGUAUUCUGCCUCCUUUAAUUUAUAAAAUCUGAAGUUACACUGCUGGUUCACCACCUUCAGGAUCUUCUUGAACUGGUGACUAGUUAGAUUGAACUUAAAGACUAUUUGUGGACUUAACUCAAAAGUAACCUCUCAGUGUUCUAGAGAAUAUGUAUUUAUGUAACUGAACCUAGCAGGAGAGAAGUUUGGAAUUGUGUACGUGCAAUUUUUUUCAGCAAAAAAUACAGUACAUGUAUUGACGAGUUUCUGUCAAGCAGUUUGAGUUGAAAUGUGCUUUGAGAAAAUAAGCUGCUGGGAAGUUAGAAUUAGGCCAUGAUACUGGUCUCGUUGGAACCAUCGUGAUGGUGUUUGGCACUAAACUUCCAUGUACGUCACUCAUUCGGAACAACAAAGGGGAGGGAGAAAAUUAACAACCUGUUAGACGAAUACCAAAGUUACUAAACAAUAAUGAAAGAUUCUCAUUCUUUACUCUCCCAGCCUCAGACAACACAGGUUACUCUUUUUAUCAUUGCUCAGAAAGCACCUGUAAUUUAAUUAACAGACUGCCUGUAGGUGUAGUGCAAUUACAAAUGCUCUAAUCAUUGUACAUACAUCUCUCUUGAUAUUGCAGCAUCCAUACUGGCUUUGUAAUCAUUAAUUUUUUGGCAGAUUGAAUGUGCUGUAUUGAUAUGUAUCUAUGUAAUUGUAUUGUAUGUCUUAUAGCUAAUUCACAUUUUGAAUGUUAUUUUAUUUACUUUUUUAAGAGAGGAGAAUGUAAAUUUGUCAGUUUAUUUCUGACUAGGGAUUAUUUUUUUUUCCAUUUAGAAAAGAAGAAAAAAAAACCUUACUAUCGUACAGAGCGGUACUAGCAUCGUGCUGUAUAAAAUCAUUUGCACAUUCCUGACUAGAGGUAUACUGAUUAUAAGACCCAAAGGUAAUUUCAUAGCAAAAUACAUAAAAUCAGUUGGAGCUUUUAUACAAACAUGGAAACCAACUUUGUAGAACUUUUGCCAUUUGAUCUAGGAUUGGAAUAUGAGCUUUUAUACGAUUCAUAUUCUUAUUUGGCAAAUGCACAGUUUAGUAUUACCUCUCUGAUGGCCUUUACUAGAAAGGCAGUUUUAGAAGCUAUUGUGAUCCACUAAGGAAAUGUUUUAACAGCUAGAGACCACUGCUUGCCUGAAAAGGCAAUCUUAAAUUUGGUGCAGCAAAAAAAACAAAAAACAAACAAACAAAAAAAACGACAAAAAAAACAAAACAAAAAAAAAAGUAAACGACAACGUUUGAAGGCCUACAGUGUGUAUAGAGUAAACCUCAUCACCAGAUCAUAAGUGUUACAGUUUUAGGGAAUCAAGAUAUUCUAUUUAAUAGAGCUAUAGUAGAUGUAGUCAAUUAAACCUGAUCUCAGUGCUCAGAGAAGCUGAGCAAAACAGGGAAAAGAUUGUUAUAUUUGUCUUUAUGAAAUUGGGAUGGAAUUUGCUAUGCAGAACUGAGGUUUGUGGCUUCACUGUUUAAUCCUAGGGUGCAUGACAAGAUCCCUUCUCUUCAGAAAGGAAAAAAUUGAUCACCCUAGCUACAGUGAUACAUAGAAACCUAAUUGUAUCCACACUAGUCAAUCAAAGCUAAAGGAUUUUCUUUCUCAUUUCUUUGUUUGGGGUUUUAUUGAAGGGGCUAAGGGUGGGCAGGGAUUCUUUUCAGUUUUGUAUAAAAACAAAGUUUAGUCAUGCUUUCUAUUAUAUCGUGAUUGCAAGCGUUCCAAGCGUGUGCCGCUGGACUCCUACUGUUGAUGCUCUAGGUCAUGGAGGCCUGUGGCGAGUUUUAUGGUGACUUGGGCAUGUCUUAUUCAAAAGCAAAACAAAACACAGAAACCUUUCUUCAGCAUACCAAGGCAAGCAGCCAUUUCAUGACUCACUUAACACAUUGCAGUGUACCAGUUUACAGAUGAUUUUUCCCUUUUUUUGCGUGACACGGCAGUUCCAACCCCCAGAGAAUUCCUUAUUUGUAAAUUGGAGGUUUCUACUAUGCCUUACAGAGCUUAAAUUCAGAAGUUUGUGCCUCAUAUCUGAAACAAAGGGAAAUAACACACCCAUUGAAAAGUAAAUAAAUCCCUUAGAAGUUUUUUUUUUUUUCUUUUUUAACAUUUCCAUAUAAAGAGCUCUGUUGAAUGUCAUGAAGAGACUGGAAAAAAGAAUCUUAGGAACCUGCAUAUGUUGUUUACUAGUAGAUGACAUCUACACAAGGAAUUUGAAUUGAACACCUGAAACUUGUGUUAUUAUUUUUUUUUUUUGGUAGAUUAACUAGAAGGCAUAAUAUUUUAAAAAGGUAAUUCAGCUAAAGGGCAAUUUACUUUUUGUAUUUCAGACUAUCUUGAUUGUCAAAGUGUGUGAACUGUAAUUUUAAAAUUUAUACUGCCACAUGAUUGUAAAUUUUAGUUGUCUUAAGUUAGGAAUUGGUGAAAAGCUAUUUAUGCUGGAUUUGGGUCAAAAUGACUUUAUUAUUUGCAAAAAAUAAAAAAAAAAUAAUGGGAAGAAAGGGCUGCAUAAUAAGAUACUGCAAGACUCAGAUAUUGGUUGGAAAUUACCCUCAAAUUACCUUCUGAUUACCCUCGAUUUCCCUUUGUUUUCAGUUUCUCAAAAAGAAUGAAUGAAAUGAAAUAUAGCAGAAUGUUAACCCAUAUAAAAAUAAAGUGUACCCAACUAUUGUAAUGUAUAUUGCUGCUCUUCUUAAAAUUAAAUAAGGGUUUAAAACCACUUAAUUGGUAAUCAACAAUAUCUCAAUUGACACAAAUAAGGUGUGCUUGGUAUACAUUAAUAUUUUCUUCCAAAGAUACAUCUUUGGUUAGAAACACAAAACAAAAACUAGUAGUAUUGUAUGUUAAUCUUUCUCUACAUAUUUCCAGCGUAUGUGGCAUUAAUAGAUCUGUCCUGGUAACUGUGUCUUUGGGGUUUCAUUUUCGUUCCAUCAAUUAGGAAAAGAAAUGGCUUAGUUGUAUAUGAUUAGCUAGAAAUUUAUGGAGCCAGACACCUGCUGUUUAGUAGAUAACUUAGUGCAGAGUCUAAACUUGUCAUUUGUUUUUCUCAGAGAAUAACAAACCAUUUCCUGCUGUCUUCCCCACCACCACUGCCCUUUCAAUAACACUCUUGCCUCUAGAAUCAUACAUUGAAAAAGUAUGCAUAUACACCCAGCACAUAGUAGGUGCUCAAAUAUUAAUUUUUCUCCUCAUCUUUCUUAUCUACCAUGUACCAUCCAUUUCUCCAGUGAUUCCAACCCAGUAGUAAAUGACAUUUACAUGUUAAUGAAAAUACCUAUUGGGUAAAACUGGAUCUUGCUUGGAUAAAGGAAUUCUGACUUUUAUAUAAGCAUUUGGUAGACAGAAAAGAAAACAGAGAGGAAGGCUUUCUUCCAUAGAAUAUUUUUACAUUUAGGAAAGAAAGGUAGAAAAUGACCAUGUAACUUUGUCCAGGUUGCUUUGACUGAAACUUGUUUUUGGUGAAUUUCUUUUCCUCAAAAAAUGCAACUUCUUGCUGGACUCCUCACCCAUCAUCACAUUGGAAAACCUUACUAGACCUAUGUAUUUAGGGAGUUUUGUCAGAAAAACAUUUUUAACUCGCAGUAUUUAAAAAAAAAUCAUAUUUACUGUUCUUAAAAUGUCAUUUGAAUGCAUGUAUUGUCUAUUGUUUGGGGAUGGGAACUAGUUUUGCAAAAGAAAAAACACCUAAUGUUGUAUAAUAAUGCCCCAAUGAACUUGCUGGUUAAAAAUACAGUAUUUUUGGCCAUAA